UUAGAGAUAUACUCUCACACGUCACUCGGGAACGGUAUCUCUAUGGUCGAAAGAGAACCGACAGUCGUCUCUUGGAAACUCCUACGGUCUGCACGCGACUCCUCCGCGAUCAUCAUCCUCUCUGUGAUCCCUUCCCUCGAUCGUGUUUUUUUUCUCUUAUCUAUCGUUCUAUCAUAUUCUAUCGGACUGAUAGAAGAUCUUAGUCACGUGUUGUUAUUCAGUUCGUUCAAAGGAUCGAAGGAUCUCUCUUUCUGUCUCUCUAUUUUUUUCUCCAUUUUUUUCUCUCUUUCUUUCUUUCUUUCUUUCUUUCUCUCUCUCUCUCUCUCUCUCUCUCUCUCUCUCUCUCUCUCUCUCUCUCUCUCUAUCUCUUUCUCUCUCUUACUCAGUUAUAACAGUUACUCGAGAUGGUGGAUAUAAAAGGAGCAAUUGGCGCUAACGAGCUAACAGAUAAACAAUCCGGUCUUUACCGUGCUUUACUUGCGGAAUUUCUUGGUACGAUGCUGUUAAAUUUCUUUGGUUGUGGAUCGGUCGUAACGAAAAAUGUUGUGGCGAUAAGCCUUGCAUUUGGUUUGACCGUGGCCGCUGCAAUACAAUCGAUAGGUCAUGUUUCUGGUGGUCACGUAAAUCCUGCAGUUACAUUUGGCUUAAUGAUCAUUGGAAAGGUACCGAUCAUUCGUGGCUUUCUUUACGUUUUGGCUCAAAGUGCCGGUGCCAUUGCCGGCUCGGCAGUACUAAGGGCACUUUCAACCGAAAGUAUGGAAGUCAGUCUUGGCGUUGUAUCACUUGCCGAUGGGGUUACACCAGUUCAAGGUCUUGGAAUUGAAUUUUUUUUGGCGUUGAUACUGGUUAUGGUAGUCUGUGGUGCCUGCGACGGUGCAAAACCCGACAGUAAAGGAAUAGCACCAUUGCUGAUUGGACUUUCCGUUACCGUUGGACAUCUAGUUGGUGUUCCAAGAACAGGUGCUGGAAUGAAUCCAGCACGAUCAUUGGGAAGUUCCGUUGUUAUGAAUGCCUUCAAUGAUCAUUGGUUAUAUUGGGUUGGUCCUAUUCUUGGUGGACUCGCUGGUGGUUUAAUCUAUACGCAUGCUGUUGGUCCAGCAAAGAAAGAAGAAAUAUCUACAAGGCAAUACGCGACCGUAGCCAUGGAAGAGAAAGAGCUCCAGAAUCUUACCGGAAGGAAGAACGUCCAUCCCGCUUGAGCGUCACUAAUUAAUCAACCACAUAUAUACCAAUUUACUAAACUCUUCCUUUGAAUGUUUCUUUUUCAUUUCUUUUUUUCUUUUUUUUUCUUUUUUUUUUUUUUAUUUUUUUUCUUUUAUACUUGUUGCUGCCUUGAAAAACGAUCGACAUGAACAAAUGAGGAGAUGGGUUAACUGGUUAACUGCAUGUAAUAAUAAUCGUACGGAAUGACACAUUUUAUAUACAUGUAAUAAAAUGUGUCAUAUAUAUAUAUAUAUACACACACACACACACAUACACACACACACACACACACAUAAUUCUUAUAUAUCUCUUAUCUGACAUUUAUCAGAUAAUUAAUAACAAUGAAAAGUUUACUAAUAUAAUUUUAUAGAAAAAGAACAAAAAAUACCGUAAAAAAAAAAAAAGAAAAAAAAAAGAAAGAAAAAAAAAAGAAGCAAACACCUGGACAGGCCAAAGACGAUUAAUUAUAUAAUUACGAAACGCAUAUUGACACACCUGUGACAACUUUGCUUUCACGAAUUAUAAUAUCGUUAAUUGUUAAUUAAUAAUAAUCUCGAAAUAUCGUUCUACGGUUUUUUCCGCUCACUCAAUGCAUGCUAUCCACGCCUACAACUUAUCCGACGACAUUGACGACGAUCAAAUUCAAAAUGGAAAUCGAAAAGAAAAAAAAAACGAAAAGCAAAAAAAAGAAAAGAAAAUAAAAAACAACAACAAAAAAACCGGAAAAAUAAAAAAAGAAAAAAAAAAAAACAUUUCGCUAAAUCGUCUAACACAAUUGUAUUGUUACCCCGCUUAUCCUUUUUUAUAUUCUCAAAA